UAAUUUCAUAUUGCUCCUGAGCUUGAAUCCGAUAUCACUGUCCUCUAUUGCUAAGAAAUGCUGGGAUACUCGAUGUUUUUAUUUAAAAUUUGAAACUGUAGCACAGCGGCGAAUGUGGUGGUAACAUGAUCUUGGAGUCGUCUGAGGAAGAUAGAUUGAAGGCUGAGGAAGGACGACUAAAAUUCGACCAACAGCGCAUAGGCCUGCAACUGGAACAAUGCCGAUCGCAUUCACUUCGAAUCAACAGGUUAUCAAACAACAUUGCUACAGAUGAUGAUGAGACUAGGCAGCCUCUGAUUGCACGGUCAUGUCCUGUUGCAGGCUGCGGCAAAGUCUUCCGCAGGAGAAGAGAUCUUCGAAUCCACUAUGAGACGCACAUGUCCUGCUUGGAGCGCUGUGUUCUAUGCGUAGUUUGCCCGAAAGAUUUCACGCGUGCGAGCACCUUCAUCAGACAUUUCAAAUCACACGAGAACGACGCCCGAAACAACGAACGAAAAUACCGAUAUAUGCUAGAAACGCGUAAUGAUUUACGUGCCCAGGCAGAGCAGGAGUUGGACCGACUGUUGCGGGAAUCCAAUUCAACCAGCUGUAGCAUUGCCAGCCUGGGAAAGAGAGCUUUGAUCGACACUGAAGAGGCCCUCUCCUCUAGCAAGAGACACAACAUAGGCUCAAAUGAGUGCAGUCUACAUACGGCCUCGACCAGUGUCCGCGCUCUUUCGCAUUCACUGGCGACACCGUAGACUUGUUUGCUCCUCCCUUGUUCCACAAUACCUUACAACAAGCCGACGUUCUCGAUCCUCCCAUUUUUGACCCAAUACACAUACAGCCUGGGACACAUGUUCGUGUAGUAAAUUCGAUUCAUAUGCCCGAGGGUCUUGACAAUUCAGAGAUAGAAUGGGCUUCAUAGCUCUAGGCCGCACGGGCUGCUAUUGACGGCAGUCCGCUAUCUAUGCAAAGAUUACAUGUAGCCAAACGUCUUUGUCUGAUAUGCU